UUAAGAUUUUUGACUGUUCUUUGCAAUCUAGACCCUAUAGAAUCUGUUAACGUGACUGGAAAUUUGUAUUUUGAACACGGAGACAUGCUGAACCUAAAAGUUAGCUGCAGUGGCAGUGGUCCGUACGAGUACUGCUGGAAAAUCUUUGAUACAGGAGAACGUCCAGUUAACGUGACCUGCCCAGAACCAGUAGUGACUUCCAACUGCAGCUUUCUCAUUGUCCACUAUUUCUCCAAUCCUGGCUCGUACCACAUAGGGAUGUUCAUUGCUAAUGACAUCACUCAUCUUCAAAGAGGACUGGAUGUCCACAUAUAUGAUGUUUCAAGAAAGAAACCGCUAUCGGUGGUAAUAGUGCCAGUUUCAUGUAGUGUUGUAGCAAUUAUCAUCAUAGUUGUUGGAGUUACCUACCAUCUUCAGCAACGGAAGAAACAAAAAAUUGAAGUAGCAGAUUUUGAUUUCCAAACUUCUGAUGAGCUAGUAGAAAAAACAUUUUUUGAAAGACUUCGUGACUCCUUCAAAGAUGUCUUACGCAACGUUCGGCAUUCGGAACAAACUCCUCAGAUGUCCACCAGUGUCAACGGACACGUGAAAAUUAAAGAUGCUGCUGUAGUGGAUAGUAGUUCUUUUGAUGGCCACUCAUCCUAUGGUGCAAUUGCUUAGUGCCACUCAGAAAUCUGACUGGAAACACACAUAAUGUAGUAUUAGUGAUGUAUUGUUUAAAGUCAAAUUACGUUUCACGGGAGUUUUUGUUUCCAGCAGACGACUAAAAUAACCGGAAUUAUUUGAACAGUGUAUUUGCAGUUUAAUGGUGUUAUUGAAACAUUUCAGCUGUGAUUGACUCGCAGGAAUAAAAUAUUUUUUGUUAAUAGCAUAUUUUAGUCUUAGAUCUUCAAUCUAUGCAUAAUACAGGCGUAUAUUUUUUUUAAGUAUACUGGUAUGAUAUUAGUUUGCAACAUUGGAUUAUGUACAUGUAUCACAAUAUUUAGAAAAGGCAAUUUGUUAUACUAACAGUAUGGUUCUAUUCAUUUUAGCCCCCUCCCACUUACCCGAAUGAUGUAAUGUGUUUUAAAAAGUAGCAGUAUUUCACAUUUUGUUAAUUCUUGAAUUGAUUAUUUCUUACACAAAGUUCGUUAUA